CCAGAAGGAGGGGAGACCUGGACAUUCCAAGUUGUGGGCAGGAUUUCGCCGAUCACGCUACCGGGCCCUCGCCACAUUCGCUGACGAUGAUGCGGUAGUGCCACUUGGGCCUGCAACAUCAUCCCUGCUUUGGUUCUGCGAUAUAUUCCCCUUCAAGCCUUUAAAAACGCGCGGAAGUCCACUGUAGGCACUCAUAUAGGAUCCACUACAAUCUUUCGUAUAUCUGCUAGUUUUAUAUAGGUAACUUUCGCCUAGUGAGGGAUCCGACCCCCUGGAUCCCUUCCCUGGUUCCGAGCUGUGCACGUCGAGGGACAGUGAGAUGCUUCGAAGAGAGGCAGAAAGUUCUCAUUGGAGGGAGAGAGGUAGGGGGCACCAGUCGAGAGAGAUGCUUCUAGACUGAAGGGAAAGGUCGUCAGCUCAUCGGGAGCUGCGAAGUCCUCGAUCAACCAAUCCCCCGGUUUCUCCCCGAGUCCCUCCUGCCACAUAUCAGCCUUGAUUUGUGUCUGGUGGUGUAGAGGUGGUGGCGGUGGGAGUUGGUUGGGCGUGGUCCCUGGGGUUGGGUUUCGGGGGCGGGCCUGGUGAUUCUGCGUCGAUCGAGCUGUUUGGGGUUGGAGCGAUGGCGGGGACUGGAAAGGACGACGGUGAGGGGGGCGUGUUUGGAGGGCCUGGAGGUUUGCACCUGCUGGACACGACCGGCGCCGACAAGUCUGUAUGGCUGCUGAAAGUGCCUCCCCUGGUCGGGCACCAGUGGUUGAAGCAGCAGGAUGGCGCACCCGUCCUGGCGAAGGUGACCAUGUCCAUGGAUCCUCUGAACCCUAACUCGGACAGCGUGGAGUUCAUGAUGACCCUGCCGGAGAAAGACCUGGUGGCUCCGCACAAGUCCUACAAUCUGAACGUGACGAAGGAUCUAGUGCCCAUGCAUAUAUUUUCUGAGACGACUCAAGGGAAACUGAAGGUGGAGGGCAAGGUGGAGCACAAAUUCGACAUGAAGCCGUCGAACAUCGGGAACAAUGAUGAGUAUCGUAAGCUGUGCAGGGAUCGGCUGAACAAGUCGAUGGUGAAAACGAGGACGACACAGGUGCUAUCGAACGAUCGCGGAGGGUUUAUGAGGCCGCCUCCCAUCGAUGCUUGGCCGACAUCGACGUUCACUGGAAAGGACAGCAAGAAGAAGGCACCGAUAAGCAGCGCCGUGAAGGCUCCGGAAGGGAAAAGAAUCCGGAGGGAUAGAGUGGAGCUGGAAGCGAUCGUGUUCAAGCUUUUCGAGCAGCGACCUAACUGGGCGCUGAAGCAUCUGGUGGAGGAAACGGACCAGCCUGUGGCGUUUCUGAAAGAAAUACUGAAUGACCUGUGCAUCUACAACAAAAGAGGCGCGAAUCAAGGGACGUAUGAGCUGAAGCCAGAGUACAAGCGGACCGAGAAAGAGGAAGACGUGAAGCCAGCAGUCUGACAUGGGUGUUGGGUGAGUGCAACAUGGGGUUGGUUGUGGCGUGGCUUGACGUUGUGAACAGCGUGUGUCGAGGUUGACGUCGUACAUAGGAAGAGUAGGAGACUGUGAAUGCGUGGCAGGCGUGUGCGCAGUUUGGGCGAAUGAGAGGCAGUGUACAUUUAGAGGGUUGUGUGUGGUGAGGUUUGUGGGAGAGGAGGGGCAGAGGUGAAAUGGAUGGAUAGGGCCGGGGUUGUGAGGUGCGCAUUGGACGAAGCUUCAUUGUGUGAGCUGUCAGGGUUUGUUUGGAGUAGAGUUCAUGUGCAGCAGAAUGGUGGCUGCAGAGAGUAGAAGCGGACCCGGGAGGGGCGGUGUGGUAGUGAGGCAGCGGACGCACAGUUAAGAUGGGUACAGGGCUGAGUGGGAAGGAAUGUGGGAAGUGGGCGGAGAGGUCGGUUAGCGCGUGGUGGAACCGGUGGAGGGCUUGUAGCGAGGAGACUUGGACGGCCCCGAUGACGUGGUCGCAGAAGCAGCAGCAGGGUAGAAGUGGUGGGAGUGUAAAUCGAGGGACGGAGGUUGACAGUUACAGAAGUUCCCAGAAGCGGGACGAGGGUGUGUGGGAUUUCCGUCCGAUAUGUGGUGAGGGCAGAGAAGCAUUGCGGAAACGCGAAGGUUGAAGAUGAGAGCGUGGAGUGGAAGAUUUGGAUGAGAGCAUAAUGGCGGGGCUUUGGAGAUGUUGUAUGUGAGAACGCGGAGACGGUGCAUGUUGGAGUGGAGGUCGCGCGGGGGUGGGGGGGCAAUAUGGGAGCAAUCUGUGAGAGUAGGGACGCAGUGAUGGUGGGCAGGGUAGAGCGGAAGUGUGGAAGGAGGUGGGGGGGGGAUGAAUGAUGUGAUGGUAUUGAGGAGUGUGUGGUUUCAGUUGGCUGUUAUGAAUGCAAGACGAAGACGAGAUGAAGGGUGCGGUAAUGGUCAUUUGGAAGUUGAUGGACGAAGGGGAGACGUGGGUGAGUGCGAGAAGAAAGUGAUGAUGAAUGAAUGAUAGUGCACCGAGGUGGCACAUUUGAGUAGGUAUUGGGAGUCGUAUUGUGUGGAGUAUGUGACGGGGUUGGGACGUGACGCUGAGCUUGUGACGAGUAUAGUGUUGAGAAGCUGUGUGGCAGUUGUGAUGGAGGGGGUUUGAGUUGCAGCGUUGUGCGAUUUCGGUCCACGGCGGAACAUUGAUGUUGUUGUUGUGGUGGUUGUGGGGAUUGGUUUUGUGAUAUGGAUGAGAGAAUGGACGAUAUGAAUUUGGUAUUACAAGUCCAAAUAUGUAUAGUCAUGCCUUGAUGGUAGCAAUGAUUGAAGGGUCAAAUAUAGGUAGAAUCUGGUUGUGUUUUUGACGCUUUUUCAUGUUGGUUUUUUAGUUUUUUUCGAGAAGCACUUUUGGAGAUUUAUCCAACAAAUAUUGUGGAGGUAAUACUAUGAAUGCAACACAAGGAUAAGCUACAUUGUACCUCAUGAUAUUUUCUUUGGGCUUUUUGGAGUAGAAAAUGAACAUUGUGUGAUUUGUAAUUUUUAAACAGUGAAAGGAUUAUAAAGUGGUAGCUGAGUAAGUUGUUUCUCAAGGGA